AUGAUAAAGAAAUUUGGAAUGGAAGAAAGCAAUUCUGUGCAGAAUCCAAUGGUUCCAGGUUUCAAAAUUCACAAAGAUGAAGAUGGUGUGAAAGUGAAUAGUUCAGUCUACAAGCAGCUGGUUGGAAGCAUGAUGUAUCUGACAACCACAAGACCUGAUGUGAUGUAUUCAGUUAGCCUCAUUAGUAGAUACAUGUCAAAUCCAACUGAGCUUCAUCUUAUGGCAGCUAAAAGGAUACUGAGGUAUUUACAAGGAACCACUAGCUAUGGGAUUCUCUAUAGGAAGACUGGAAAUACAGAGCUGAUUGGAUUCAGCGACAGUGAUUAUGCUGGAAGUAUGGAGGACAGAAAGAGUACAUUCGGGUAUGCAUUUAUUUUGAGCAAUGCAGUUGUAGCAUGGUCUUCAAGGAAACAACCUAUUGUCGCACUGAGCACCACAUAA